UUUCAGGAUUUGGAUUGAAUUGCAUUGAAUUAUAUAGGAACCAAGAGAAUCUUUUCAUUUGGAUGUUUACGGCAUUUCAGAUUGACUAGUGGCGGUUAGAUUUUGACUGCGUAUUAAAGCAUUAUAUUGCUCCUGACUGCGGUGGGGUUGGGAGAAAUUGGCUUUGAAUAUGGAGGACCAAGAGAGUCUUUCUCAUGGGUCUCAUGUAAAUUCAGUCAGAGAAUUGAGAUUAGAGGAAGAUGAGGAAGAGUUCCGAAGCUGUUGUGAGGAUGAAGAGGUGUGGAAGGAGACUGAAGAAUUGGGGAAGACUGAAGAAUCAAAGGAAGAUAUUGAUGAAUUUUCAGUGAAGAUGUUUUUCAAGGGGAUAUCAAUAGCUGAGGCGGGGGAUGCUGGUUCUGGGUAUUCCGGAAUUGGAGUGGUGAUGGAGAGAUCACCCAAUAUUCCUCUCAUUCAGGUGCAGAAAAAGCUUGGUUUUUAUGUUGAGGAAUCUGUGGCUGAUUAUUUGGCCUUGAUGGACGGUCUUGCAGAGGCCAUUCAAAAUAAUAUCAAUCGUGUAUAUGCUUUCACUGACUCUGAGCUGCUUUAUGAUCAGAUUAUGCAUGAGGACAAACUUGAGACCCCACUUUUAAUUGCUCUGAGGCAAAGGAUCAUUGAACAGACAGAUAGUCUAGAUGCUUUUUUUCUAGAUUUAGUUCCAAGAGAGGAUCUUGAAAGACCACUUGAAUUAGCCCAAGUAGCAAUUGGAGUUGUCUCUUCUCCUUCCGAGGGAGAUAAGUCUGUUGAAAGUUGUUCCAUCUGCUGUGAGGACAAGCCAGCACUGAUGAUGAUUAAAAUGAAAUGUUCCCACAAGUUCUGUUCACAUUGCAUGAGAACCUAUGUAGAUGGAAAGGUUCAGUCAUCUCAAGUCCCCAUCCGAUGCCCUCAGUUGAAAUGCAAGUAUUUUAUCUCAACCACUGAAUGCAAAUCUUUCCUUCCACUUACGUCCUACGAGUCUUUGGAAAGAGCACUUGCAGAAGCAAAUAUUUUUCACUCAGAUAAAAUGUACUGCCCCUAUCCAAAUUGUUCUGCCUUGCUUGAUUCUCAGGAAUGUUUGUCUCCAAGUGCAAGUUCAUCAAGUAUGUCCGGAAAUAGUUGUGUUGAGUGCCCAGUUUGUCAGAGGUUUAUCUGUGUGGAAUGUGAGGUGCCUUGGCAUUCGGCAAUGAGCUGCGAAGAGUACCAGAACCUGCCUCUUGAGGAAAGAGAUGCCUCAGACAUUACCUUGCAUCGUUUGGCACAGAAUAAAAGGUGGAAGCGUUGUCAGCAAUGCCGAAGGAUGAUUGAACUGACCCAAGGUUGCUACCAUAUGACUUGUCGGUGCGGGCAUGAAUUCUGUUAUUCCUGCGGUGCAGAGUACAGGGAGGGCCCGCAGACCUGUCAGUGUGCCUUCUGGGAUGAAGACAAUUCUGAAGACUUGGUGAAUCAUUCUGUCCAAGAAUCAGAACAGUGGGCAUGGGAGACUUUCAAUUCACUACCAAUGAUCAUGGAUGCCUACUCAGACAGAGAGAUCACAGCUGCAACUUAUCAAAGUUCUGGCUGGAGUUUCAGUCUGAGCGACAUCACCCCU